UUGCAAAUGCUGUUUCCUAUGCAGAUUCGAUUACCACCUGAAGUCAACAGAAUACUCUACAUUAGAAAUCUACCAUACAAGAUCACAGCUGAAGAAAUGUACGACAUCUUUGGGAAAUAUGGACCAAUACGGCAGAUUCGAACGUAAGUGGAAGAUUGUUGAUCUGGAUGAAAUGCUCACUUAUACCAUGGGUGAUGUAGUUUACAGAGUUUAUGUAUCAUCUCCUUGUGUGUAGGCUAGUCUGCAGAACUGUGGCAGGUAUUCAACCACAAAGUCUCAUCGUUGUCUUGUCUAAAUGUAUGUAUUCUUGUGCCCUGUUUUUCAGUGGAAACACACCGGAAUCAAGAGGGACAGCUUAUGUGGUCUACGAGGACAUCUUUGAUGCCAAGAACGCCUGCGAUCACCUUUCUGGAUUCAACGUCUGCAACAGAUAUCUUGUAGUUUUAUACUACAAUGCAAACAGGGUACGUAGGCCUAUAAUCUCAUCAAUCAAGGAUCUGACAAAGUCUCCUCUAACCAUUGUUGAUCAAUCUUCUCAAAGGGACUAAUAACUUUCAUAGCUUUGCACAUAGAGAAAUUACAUACUGAACAAACAGUGUAGGCCAGGGCUCACCAACCCUCUUCCCGGAGAGCUACCCUCCUGAAGGUUUUCAUUCCAACCAUAAUCGAGCGCACCUGAUUCUAAUAAUUAGCUGGUUUCAGCGAAAACCGACAGGAGGGUAGCUUUCCAGGAACAUGGUUGGUGAGCCCUGGUGUUGGCAUUAGUCAAUGCUGGUACAUUACAUUUGACCCUCUAGGGGUCUGGAGGAAGAGAGUCAAACUGCUUAUUUUUAUUAAACUGAGACUCAGCAAUAUUAUGCUGCUGCGAGCAACUGGAUGAACCACAGAUAUUGCAGAUGAGCGCGAUGCAAGACAACACACAGAGGAUCUGCACAUGUACACGGAUGUGCCUCACUCUGCUGCAACGUGUGAUAGCUGCGGGACCAAAACAGUGAAGAAGUUUAGCCUCGCGCUUCGCACUUUUAGUUGUUGCGGAAGUCGGCCCGAUAUUUCUGUUUACUUUGUUCGUCACUGACUCUACCUUUUUAAGGCACUAAUUUGAGGUAAAUGUUGUAAUCAAUGUGUUCAUUUUUUUUAUUUAUCUGACAGGUCGACCUUUCUCUGGUUGUGUCACGUGUAAACCGUGUAAAGUUUUGCGGUUAAACAUCCAUAACUCAUGAUUUUCAUUCCACUGUUUGUCUCACAGGCAUUCCAGAAGAUGGACACCAAGAAGAAAGAGGAGCAGCUGAAGCUUCUGAAGGAGAAAUAUGGCAUCAACACAGAUCCCCCAAAAUAG